CAACUCCAUCCCCUCGGCAAGGCUGCCACCCACAUAAACACCGCAAUGAUACCCCCAAUCGACAGCGCCGUCCUGGCGGCAAACCCCAAGUUCGCACUUCUGCACAAGACGCUGGUGACGAAAGUGCUUACGACGGAUGGGGGGACGAGGAAGCAUCCUAAGAAGGCGGAGCGUCAUGCGGUGGCUACUGAACUUAAAAUCCUCCGUCUAAAGUUCACGCGCGAAAAGAUCCUCCGGAGAGCCCUUGAAGAUCUCCCACUCACCUCUCCCGCGCCGCCUCCAUCAAAGACAUCAUCAAGUCGGCAAUCCACGCCCGCUGCGGAAAUCCCACUGCCCGCAGAGCUAACGGAGUUAAUCAUCCUACUCACCCUCUCUCUCAAAUCCCCAAGCCCACUUCAACUCCCAAACCUACCCGCCAAUCUCCAGGCCAUUGCUGCCCUUGUCUCCACACACCUCACGACCCAUGCACUUCCCCUCACGCGGCUGAUGAAUCCGCAUACCAACCCCUCAUUCCUACAUCGUCAGAUCCCUAGCCUCGCCACAUCUAUCAUCGCCCUGCGUGAUCAAGUCACCGACCUUCGUCUCCGCCUGGCGGUGAACCGCACCACCCUCACCGACCUGGCUGUAAAGUUACUGGCCCUCUACACCGCGCAGGCAGCGGCUGUAAUCCGCAUCCUCGAACAAACAACCCACGGCUCUCUCUCCCGUCACUCCCGCGCUCACGCUGAGAUGUUAUCCCUAUCAUGCUCCACCACCGCUACAGAAGCGCAGCAGAAAUGGAAAGUCGCGGAGAGCCUCGUCUAUGGACCUGAAGCAGUCAGGGCGUUGCAGGUUUAUAGGGAGCAUUUGAGGGAUGGGAAGGUGAGGAUGGAGAGUCGGAGGGGGGGUGCGGAGAGGGAGUUACAGAGGUAUGGGGUUGGCAGAGAGGGUGGGAAGGAGAGGGUUAUGAAGGAGAUUGCGAGGGUGUGGGAGGAAAUGGAGGGGGAGGUUGAAGAGGUUAGAGUGGAUAUUGGGAGGUUGAAGGGGCGUUAA